UUCUAAACAAAACAUCCUAGCCUAAUUUUUUGACACUUAAAGUUGUAAUUGUUGUUAUGAGAAGAUUCUCUAUCGUUCCUAUACAACUAAUGUAAUGUUUUAGCGCAUUGUUAACAAUAUCGUUGAGUUUUAUAUUAUACAAUGGAUUUGGCGAACGCUGUUGAAGCAACUCCCGGAGUUUCUAGAGCUCCUAGACUUAUGAUGGAAGGAGUUGGCUCUAGAGUUAUUCGUGGUCCUGAUUGGAAAUGGGGCAAACAGGAUGGAGGAGAAGGGCAUGUAGGAACUGUGAGAAACUUCGAGUCAUCUGACGAAGUUGUGGUUGUCUGGGACAAUGGAACUGCUGCAAAUUAUCGUUGUUCAGGCCAAUACGAUCUGAGAGUGCACGAUAGCGCCCCUACAGGUGUUAAACAUGAAGGCACCAUGUGUGAUACCUGCAGACAACAACCAAUUUUUGGCAUUCGGUGGAAAUGUGCCGAAUGUGGCAACUACGAUCUGUGCUCAAUCUGUUAUCACGGAGAUAAACAUCAGUUGCGUCAUCGUUUUUACCGUAUAACGUCGCCAGGUACAGAACGCGUGUACCUUGAGGCUCGUCGAAAAAGUAAGAAAAUAACUCUUCGUGGAAUAUUCCCUGGGGCCCGAGUCGUUCGUGGCGUGGAUUGGCAAUGGGAAGAUCAAGACGGCGGGAACGGUAGGCGUGGUAAAGUUCAAGAAAUACAGGAUUGGAGCGCUGCAAGUCCUCGUUCUGGGGCCUAUGUCGUUUGGGACAACGGCUCCAAGAAUCUGUACAGAGUUGGAUUCGAAGGAAUGGCAGAUUUGAAAGUCGUGAACGAUGCUAAAGGAUACAACGUGUACAGAGAUCAUCUACCGUGCUUGGGCGAACAAACUGUCGGUAGGACCGGUCCACCGGGCUUGAAAAUUGGAGAUCAAGUCAGCGUAGAGCUUGAAUUGGAAAUUGUGCAAUCGCUUCAACAUGGACAUGGUGGUUGGACUGAUGGAAUGUUUGAAUGCUUGAGUAACAUCGGUUCAGUUGUGGGUAUAGACGAAGAUCAUGAUAUCGUUGUUGCCUAUGCUAGCGGGAACAAAUGGACCUUGAAUCCUGCUGUUUUGACUAAGGUUGCCAGUCCGACCAAUACUGCUGGUUUGAAUGAAACACCGCAACAACAAUUUGCAGUGGGAGACGUUGUGCAGAUUUGUUCCGAUAUGGAAAGGGUUAAGAUGCUCCAGAGGGGACACGGCGACUGGGCCGAUGGAAUGGCAGUGACUCUCGGAAAAAUAGGACAUGUUCUUCAAAUAUACAAUGAUAACGACUUGAAAAUCGACGUGUGCAACACAACCUGGACCUACAACCCGUUGGCAGUGACCAAGGUGGCCAGUAAGGAUGGAACGAUGCACGGAACAACAAGUGGGGAACGUCUAAGCGCACUCUUGAAAAAAUUAUUCGAAACCCACAUCUCCGGAGAUAUAAACGAGGAAUUGGUGAAGUCGGCUGCAAACGGAGAUGCACAAAAAUGUGAAGAAGUUCUGAAGAAGAGCAGCAUUGCUGGCGCUGGCAUAGGACCUGAUGUCAAUGGGGUUUUUUCGGGGCACACAGCUCUACAGGCCGCCUCGCAAAAUGGCCACCUAGAGGUCAUCACUGUUCUGCUCCAGUUCUAUGCUGAUGUCGAGAUCGAAGACAAGGAUGGCGACCGAGCUGUUCAUCAUGCUGCCUUCGGGGACGAACCAGCAGUUGUUCAACUUUUGGCUCACGCCGGAGCUGACUUGAAUGCUAGGAACAAACGUAGGCAGACUGCCUUACACAUCGGUGUUAAUAAGGGUCAUAUCGGAGUGGUUAAGAUGCUGUUGGACCUGGGUUGUCAUCCGAGCUUGCAGGACCUUGAAGGCGACACCCCCCUACACGAUGCCAUCAGCAAGAAGAGGGACGACAUGCUGACUCUGCUGCUGGAUCACAACGCGGACAUCACGCUGACGAACAACAACGGCUUCAACGCGCUGCACCACGCCGCUCUCAGGGGAAAUCCAAGUGCUAUGAAAAUUCUCCUACAAAAACUUCCCAGACCAUGGAUAGUAGACGAAAAGAAGGAUGAUGGUUACACCGCCCUUCAUUUAGCUGCGCUCAACAACCAUGUGGAAGUAGCUGAACAGCUUGUCCUUAACGGUAAAGCCAACAUGGAUCUUCAGAAUGUUAAUUUGCAGACCGCUCUUCAUCUUGCUGUCGAGCGACAACAUACUCAAAUUGUCAGGCUUCUCGUACGCGAAGGUGCCAAUUUGAACAUCGCAGACAAGGACGGCGAUACACCCCUGCACGAAGCUCUCCGUCACCACACCCUCUCUCAGCUGCGUCAACUGCAAGAUGUCCAGGACGUCGGCAAGCUGCUGAUGGGCCUGGGCACCCAGGGCUCGGACAAGAAGUCCUCGGCGAGCAUCGCCUGCUUCCUGGCCGGCAACGGUGCAGACCUGACGAUCAAGAACAAGAAGGGACAGGCUCCCUUGGACCUCUGCCCCGACCCCAACCUUUGCAAGACGCUGACCAAGUGCCACAAGGAGAAGCAGAGCGGCGAGAUGGAGAUGGGUCCCAACCAGAACAGCAACCACCAGAGCAACACGACCAACGUCACUUCCACCCUGGAUGAGUGCCUGGUCUGCUCGGACGCCAAGAGGGAUAUUCUGUUCCAACCGUGCGGACAUGUCUCCUGUUGUGCAAGCUGUGCUCCGAGGGUCAAGAAGUGCCUCAUCUGUCGGGAUUCCGUCAUCAACAGGAUCAAGAUAGAGGAAUGUCUCGUGUGCUCGGACAAAAAAGCUAAUGUGCUUUUCAAACCUUGCGGACAUAUGAGCGUGUGCGAUAGCUGCUCGCAAAUAAUGAAAAAAUGCGUACUGUGCCGUUCCCAAAUCGAGCUGAUGGUACCGAUGACCGUCUGCAGCGGUGGCCUGGGUACCAUCUCCGAAGUUAAGGCCGAUAUCGAGGAAGACGUGAAACCAUCGACCAGUGAAGGCAAUCCGGCCCGUGGACCACUGAUGAACAACGGCGGAAGGGACAUGUUCAACACGAACGACAUACAGAAACUGCAGCAGCAACUUCAAGAUAUCAAGGAACAGACGAUGUGCCCCGUUUGUCUUGACCGCUUGAAGAACAUGAUAUUUCUGUGUGGACAUGGUCUAUGUCAGAUGUGUGGAGACCAGAUGACAGAAUGCCCCAUUUGCCGAAAAGCUGUUGAGAAAAGGAUACUGCUCUACUAGUUAUAGUUUUCUUUUAAAUUUUUCUUAUAAGGUUAACAUUGAUUUCGUUAUUCAUUAAGUAGGAUUGUUUCUUGUCAUGUUGGAUAAGUUUUAGGAAUUAACUAAAUGUUGUUUCAAUAAUUUCAAAUGCUCAUGUGUGAACUUAUUUGUUAUUUCUUCGAAAAUAGCAAAGUAUUUCUGAUAGAAUAAAAAUUUGUAUUUCUUUUUUUAUGAUAAUGUUUGUUACUUUGAAGUAUUGAAAUUUGGACUAUUGACUUAUUAUAAUCGAAUUGUUUCAACUUGCAUUAGGAAAUUGUUAAUGUUCAUUAUAUCCCUAACUAUUUUCCUCAUCUUAGUUUUAAUAAGGUUCUAUUUUAAUUUAUAGCAAUUUUUUUUGGAAAAUUAAUCAUCUAUACUAUAAUCAUUGCUCAUUAAUGUUAUCUUUUUUUUCUUAUGCCUCAUUAGAAAUGCUAAAUUGUUAACUUUAGUUUCAACUAAAAAUAUAUUCACUGCUUUAAUCAAAAAACUCAACUGAAAAAGAGAAUAUUGUAUAACUGAAUUUGUAUGGUUCAAUAUGUAUACCAGUUUGUGGAAUGUAUGUUUUUGAUCAAUAAAGAAUUAAAUAAGCAACAA